UUUGGGCAGAAAGUCAGUGGUAACACCUUUCGAAGCAUACAGAUGUUGUUGUCCGUAUUUGUAAUUAUCAUUCAAACAUGUAUUAUCAUAUACAUGAUGCGUGAACAGCUAGCUUACAACAAAUUCCAGUUAACGCUGAUGUUAUCAAACUACAUGGCCGAACAAGUGGAUGCCAGUGAGAACAAAUCUCAGUACGUAAAUAGAAGUCGAAUAGUUAUUGUCAUAACGCCAACAUUCCUGCGCUUUACCCGGCUAGCUGAUUUGACAAGGUUAGUUGAUUAUCUUGUCUGUUUGACGCUGAUGCUGUUGAAUUAG